AUGUCCGUCCCUCACCCUCCUGCUCUCGGCCCCUCGCAGGCUGGCAACGUCCCCGGCCAGGGCCCACCCAAGAUUCACCUCUGGACCGCCGGCACGCCCAACGGCUACAAGGCCAGCGUGACGCUUGAGGAGCUCCGCGCCGCGUACCCGGACGAGGCCAAGAACAAGCUCAGCUACGACGUCAGCGCCAUCUCGAUCUGGAAGAACGAGCAGAAGCACCCCGACUUCCUCAAGAUCAACCCCAACGGCCGCAUCCCCGCCAUCACCGACGACAACUUUAACGGCCACAACGUCUUCGAGUCGGCGUCUAUCCAGCUUUGGCUCGUCGAGAACUACGACCCCGAGUACAAGCUGUGGUUCAAGGACCCGAUCGAGCGCAGCUUUGCCCUCAGCUGGAUCUUCUGGGCGCAGGGCGGCCUGGGACCGAUGCAGGGCCAAGCCAACCACUUCUUCCGCUACGCGCCCCUCAAGAUUCCGUACGGCAUCAAGCGCUACACGGAGGAGACGGCGCGCCUGUUCUCCGUCAUCGAAGACGGGCUCAAGGAGGGCAAGAACGGCUGGCUCGUCGGCGGCAAGUUCAGCAUCGCCGACAUCAACGUGUACGGCUGGGCGCGCGCCCACGGGUGGGCGGGCGUCGACACACGCCCCUUCCCCCUGCUGCACAAGUGGCUCGCGACGAUCGAGGCGCGCGAGGCCGUCCAGAAGGGCCUUCAGGUGCCCACGGCGCCCAGAGCCCUGACGCAGCAGGAGGAGGACGAGGCGUACGCCGAGGUCAAGGAGUGGGUCAAGAAGGCCGACGCCGAGAUCGAGGCCGCCAAGCAGAAGUGA